AUGUUGAACAAGCCAGUGUUUGUAGCAACCCAUCCCAGGGCAUGCUCCACGGCAUUCGAGAGAGUCUUCAUGACUCGCCGCCAAUCGCUCCAGACCAUCCACGAGCCCUUCGGCGACGCAUAUUACUACGGCCCCGAGCGAAUGGGCAGCCGCUUCGAGGCCGACGAGAAGGCUCGCGCUGAGAGCGGAUUCAGCGAUUCCACCUUCAGGACUAUUAUGGACAGGAUCGAGCAGGAAGCCGCUGAGGGCAAGCGUGUCUUUAUCAAAGACAUCACCUACUAUCUCGUUCCACCGAACCAGCAGUCUUCAGCCAUCGCUCCGUCUCUUGCCAGGAUCGAGCGUGGAGUCGGAACGAGUGGACUGCCUGUCGUCGCUGGCGGUAAGGAUACCGACAGCGACCACGAUUCGGGCGCCGAGGCCGACAAUCCAACUGUUGUGCCCAGGGAAAUCCUCGAGAAGUUCCACUUCACGUUCCUCAUUCGUCAUCCCAAGUCUGCCAUCCCCAGCUACUACCGAUGCUGUAUUCCGCCGUUGGUGCAGAGGACUGGCUUCGACUAUUUCAUGCCUGAGGAGGCCGGGUACGAUGAACUGCGCCGUCUGUUCGACUACCUGAAGGAUGCCGGCCUGGUCGGUCCCAAGGUCUGCACCAGAACUCCGAACAUGGAGGUGCCGCCAGGCCAGGUCGAGAUCUGUGUCCUUGACGCCGAUGACAUGCUGGACGACCCGGUCGGGUACCUUAGGAAGUACUGCGAGUCGGUCGGUCUGGAUUUCAGCGAGGCCAUGCUGAACUGGGAUUCGGAGGAGGCUCAUCAGUUCGCUCGUGAGCAAUUCGAGAAAUGGGAUGGCUUCCACGACGAUGCCAUCAACUCGACUGAUCUCAAGCCGAGACAGCAUAAAAAGGCGCCCAAGAGCGACGAGGAGUUGUACGCCGAAUGGGUCGAGAAGUAUGGCCAGGAAGCGGCCGACUUGAUCAAGCGGACGGUCGACGAAAAUGUGGCGGAUUACGAGUACUUGAAGCAGUACGCCAUCAAGUUGUAG